UCUCAGAAUAUCUUUCUUAGCUCUUGGCUGACCCUACAGUCGUUCCCUUUGGCGUCAUCGGGUACGUGCACCACCCCUCCCUUUUUCGACGCCAAUUCGGUUGCCAAUGGCGAUGAAGGCGAUGAGGGCGAUGAGGGCGACCAGAACAAAGACGACGAUGCUGACAGCUAGCUUUUACCGCUACCUGUGGUACUGUAUACGAUUGAUCGCCCGCUACGUGUAUCGUCCCAUUCCUCUACCGGAAACCCCAACCUACCGCGCCGACGAGGAUGUCACCAUCAUCGUGCCCACCAUUGACGCUGGCGAGGAGUUUCGUGAAGCAGCGCUUUCGUGGCUCGUGGGAAAUCCCAAGGAGAUCAUCAUCGUUACCGAGGAGAAGAUGCUGGCUCCACUCCAGGAGCUUGCCAACAGCGUGGACCCUACACGCAUUAGAGUCUUGACUGUUCCAUUUGCGAACAAGCGGCUCCAAAUGGCCCACGGCAUCCGCAAUACGACCACCGAUAUCAUCGUGUUCGCUGAUGACGACGCUAUUUGGCCCCCUCAGCUCCUCCCCUACGUCCUUGCGUGCUUUGAGGAUCAGCAGGUCGGAGGAGUAGGUACAUCUCAGCGCGUCAAGUCGGUCGGCAAGAAGAUGACCGUAUGGGAGGUUCUCGCCGGUUUCCGUCUCACAAUCCGGAACAUCGAAAUUGCUUCGGCCACGCACAUUGACGGUGGCAUCCCUUGUCUCUCAGGUCGUACCGCCGCAUACCGCACUGUCAUUCUCAAGGACCCUGAUUUCCUUCACGGCUUCACCAAUGACCUUUGGCUCAACAAAUACCACCUCAACUCAGGCGAUGACAAGUUCCUCACUCGCUGGAUGGUCUCCCACGGCUGGAACACCUAUGUCCAGGUCUGCAAGGAGGCUGAGCUGUUGUCGACCAUGAAGCCGAACUGGCGUUUCUUGAAGCAAGUUCUCCGCUGGACGCGCAACACCUGGCGUUCCGACUUCCGCUCCGUCUUCACCGAGCGCUACGUCUGGACCAAGCACCCAUACGUCUGCUACACGAUGAUUGACAAGUUCAUCAACCCUCUUACUUUGCUUGUCGGCCCAGCACUCGUCUGCUACCUGCUGUACAAGUCGACCAAGCCCAUCGACCAGGGCGGUUACCACCUUCCCGCCUGGGACAUUGUCGUUUCCUACCUCGUCUGGCUCCUUUGCACGCGUACCUUGAAGGUGCUUCCCCAUCUUUGGGACCGCCCUAAGGACAUUAUCUACGUCCCCGUUUUCAUCAUUUUCGGAUAUUACUUCGCAAUCAUGAAGAUAUACGCUCUCUUCACCCUCCACAAGACUGGUUGGGGCACUCGCUCGGGUAUCGGAGACCCGGCCACCGCUACUACAGCUGCGGAGAACGUCAAUGAGAAGGUCCCUCGGCCGGUUGAGCUUGGUGGGCCUGCACCAUCGCACUCGCGACCAUACGAUGUCGAGAUGGCGCAGAACGUCAACAACCCAUACCGGGCCUAGGAUGGCCUAUAGACAUUGACUUGCACGCAUAGAUUAGCGUCUCAGACGCCUCCAUAGCCUCAUAACUGAACAUAUCAUGGACUUUCACGCCAUGUACUUUUGCACCUGUAUCACACCGAGG